GACAUCACUGUCUUCGUGAAUACAACCAACACGCUCGACUGCGUCUGCAGCAUGCCCCUCCUCAUAGAUGUGGACACGGAGAUGUUCGGCGAGGACUCGGCUCCACCAUGGGCGGGAGUUCAACUGGCGCCGAAGCGGAAGGCCGAAGGUGCAUCCGAAGGCGAGCAGCAAAGUCAGAAAGAGCUGAAGGGCAAGGGCAAGGGCGAGGACAGCCUCGUGACAAAGGUCGCCAUGCUUUCCCUCGCCACCGCUCGCGAGCAGGCGCUGCUCUCGUCCGUGGUGCUGUCGACUUACCUCAUCCCCGCGGAGUCGUACCUAGCCAAAGCAGGACUGGCCGCCAACAAGUUCUACGCGGACAUGGUCAAGGCUCUCCACGACCGAAAGGCGGCGGGAGAGGAUGUGGAUCUGUCGACGCCAGGUCCGCCAUUCAUCACCGUGUUCUUCAUGACGACCAGGGCGCUCAUGAAAAUGGCGCCAGAGGAGAUCCAGCAGAAAGCCGAGGAGUAUUUCAACAAGCACCUGAAGGAGAAGUCGCCGCAGUACGUGGGCUCGAUGAUACGCCACUUCUCUGUGCGGGCGCCGCGCGGGCCAGGAUCAAAGAAGAUGGAGGGCAAGGUCAGGAUGCAGUUCGCACUGGGGCCAAACCCGCUCAGCGCCGCAGUGAACGUGUUCCUAGAGGCGGCUUUGACGGACCUGAAGGCAACGCAGCUCGUCGGAUCCGCUCCGAAGGGCCCACUGGAGAGGCAGAUCACAAACAUGCUGCAGCGUCGAG